UCCCAGCUACCCUCCCACCACCACAAUGGUCCAGAACAAAGCCCUCAUAUUUGCCGACUACCCAGAAGGCUGGCCAGAGGCUGGCAAGCACCUCACGAUUGAGGACCGCGGAUUCGACCUCGAGCAACAGCCUCCGUCAGGCGGUAUCACUGUUAAGGUCCACUAUGUCUCCUUUGACCCAUACCAGCGUGGUCGCAUGCGAAGACCAGAGAUCAAGAGUUAUAUACCAUCAUUCGAGAAGGGCACACCGGUCACGAACUCAGGCAUUGUGUCAGUAAUCAAGAGCGACAACGACAAGUUCAAGCCUGGACAAGUGCUAUACGCUCCUUUCGCGUACACAGAAGAGUACAGCGCGAUAGACAAGGAUAGCGCGAACAGCUUCCAUGUCCUUGACAACCCAUACAACCUUGACCCAAAGCUCUUUGUCGGUGCUCUGGGCAUGCCGGGGCUCACAGCUUACUCCUCCUUCUACGAAAUUGGUCAACCAAAGAAGGGCGAGACGAUCUUCAUCUCAUCAGCAUCGGGAGCUGUAGGUCAAAUCGUCGGUCAACUCGCCAAGCACGAAGGUCUGAAGGUCAUCGGCUCAGUUGGUGACGACAAGAAACUCGAAUUCAUCACCUCCGAGCUCAACUUUGACGGAGGUUUCAACUACAAGAAGGAGAAGCCUGAUGUCGCACUCCAGCGUCUCGCACCGAACGGCAUCGACAUCUACUACGAAAACGUUGGUGGCGAGCAACUCGAGGCCGCAAUUACGCACAUGAACACAUGGGGACGAAUCGUCGCCUGCGGUAUGAUCAGCCAGUACAACCUCAAGCCAGAGGAGGCAUACGGCGUCAAGAACUUGAUCCAUGUCGUUGCGAAGAGAAUCACGAUGCGGGGAUUCAUCGUCAUGGACGAGAACAUGGGACCAAAGUAUGCUCAGGAUCACCAGAAGAACGUGCAGAAGUGGAUUCACGAUGGUACAUUCAAGGCCAAGAUGCACGUCACCGAGGGCAUCGACAACGCUGCAGAGGGAUUGCUCGGCAUGCUGGAAGGAAAGAAUUUUGGCAAGGCUGUUUUGGAAGUCUCGAAGAUCGAGCAAUAAGUUCUGCUACUUACAGUAGCGUUCUGCGGAGAUGACUAGCCUAAUGCGUUCCCUUGACGAUGUUGAGAUGUACAGCAUAGCAUCGAAGUUGCGAAGAUACUAGUAUUGUCAAAUCCCAGAAAUACCAAGAGAUUUGACGAUG